CGUAAUACUAUGAACAAACGAGCCAAUCAUGGACGGAUGCGUGCGUACUUGCUACAAUAAUGAACGAACAAGAAUCGCCAGGGUCAGAUGCCGAUGCCAGUGCCAAUACAUUUCAAGAAAUAAGAUGUGCAGAAUGCAAGAAGAAUUAGGUGAGAGAAUAUGGAUAGUAUCGGAGUGAGUGGGGGUGGGUGGCGGAAUGGCCGGACUAUCAGGGCGUUAGACUAGGUAGAGUAUUCGGUGGCGAGAAGGUCCGAUAUAUCAAUGGAAGGCGCAUUGCAGAACAGUAGAGAAUUGAAAGAUGUGGUUAACGGUGAGAGGUCAUUCCGGGCCUCAUUCGGAGAAAGUAGAGGCGAACGCGGACGAUGGAGCCCUUCGUCUAAGCGCAUCCCUUGGGGCAGCGGCCGGGGCUCUUCUCAACUACGUCCCUCUUGAUUGGCUCUUGCUUGCAGAGCUGCAAACAGGCAUGGGGUCCUUCGGGAUGCACGCUGCUGUGACGG